AGAAAGAAAGAAAUAGCAUUAGGAGGACAACGGUGGUUAGGAAGAGGAAUCUUCCUGCUCUUUGAGAACCUGUCUCACUUCCUCAUUCUCAAGUCCUUCCUUGCUUGCCCUUCCCAGCUGCCCAGGUAUCUGUCCACAACAAGAAAAUGAGAUUUUUCAUUAACUUAGUGAAGAAAAUAUGACAGUCAGAUGACUGGAAAGGCAAAUAGUGCAGUAUGUAAACCAAACAAAAGGGGAACCUCUGAAAGCAAUGUUUUCCGUACAUUCUUAAUAGAACACCCAAACGCGUUUUGGUUUCUAUAAUGCAGUCCCUUUUAUCAGCCAACUUUUAUGCUGCUUCUCGCUGGUGAUCUGUUUGCUCUUUACUCACUCAGUCCUUUCUGAGCCGUAUAAAAAGAUCCAAGAGCGCCUGGUUGAGGUUUUGCUCUCAGGGAGGCACUGACUAAGGACUCUGGAAAGGACAGAGUCUUCGUUGGUUUACGAUGGAUCGGCUAACGCUUUUCUUCCUCCGUCCUGUGUCACUUUAUCAAGGGGCGGCUUUCCCUUUUGCACUUUUGUUUAAUUACCUCUGCAUUCUGGAUUCUUUUCCCACCCAUGCCAGGUACCUCUUUCUCCUGGCUGGAGGGGGCGCCCUGGCCUUGGCAGCCAUGGGUUCCUUCGCUGUGCUGGUCCUCAUCCCCGCUCUGUGGGCUGCGGUGCUGAUUUCCUGGCGUGGCCCACGGGAUGUGCACAGGUGGGCGUUCAUUUCCCAGAUGAGCUGGCAGACGCUCUGUCACCUGGGGCUGCACUACACCGAAUACUAUCUUCGAGAACGUCCUUCCACGAGGUUCUGCAUCACUCUUUCUUCCCUCAUGCUAUUGACCCAGAGGGUGACGUCCCUCUCUCUGGAUAUCCGUGAGGGAAAAGUGAAGGCAGCAUCAAGAGGCAUCGGGAAAAGAAGCUCGUUGUCUGAGCAUCUGUGUGAGGCGCUGCCCUACAUCAGCUACUUGCUCUUUUUCCCUGCUCUCUUAGGAGGCCCCCUGUGUUCCUUCCAGAAAUUCCAGGCUCGUGUCCAAGGGUCUGGCACUUUGAGUCCCAGGCGCUCCCUCUGGGCUCUGAGCCAGAGGGGUCUGCAGAUCCUGGGUCUCGAGUGCCUAAAGGUGGUUUUGGGGAAGGUGGUGAGAGCAGGAGCAGGUCUGGCUGACUGCCAGCAGCUCGAGUGUAUUCGAGUCAUGUGGUCCACGGCCGGAUUCUUCAAACUCACCUACUACUCUUGCUGGAUCCUGGAUGACGCCCUCCUCCAUGCCGCGGGCUUUGGACCUGGGUUUGGUCACAGCCCCAGUGAAGAGGGCUACCUCCCCGAUGCGGACAUCUGGACACUGGAAACGACCCACAGGAUCUCCCUGUUCACGAGAAAGUGGAACCAAAGCACAGCGCGGUGGCUCCGACGCCUCGUGUUCCAGCACGGCGGGACCUGGCCGCUGCUGCAGACCUUUGCCUUCUCGGCCUGGUGGCAUGGGCUCCAUCCAGGACAGGUGUUCGGUUUCCUGUGCUGGGCUCUGAUGGUGGAGGCCGAUUACCUGAUUCACACUUCUGCCGGCUUGUUUAUCAGAUCCUGGCCAAUGCACCUGCUCUACCGAGCGCUCACUUGGGCCCACACCCAGCUCAUCAUUGCUUAUAUAAUGCUGGCUGUGGAGGCCCGGAGCCUCUCCUCCCUCUGGCUGCUGUGUAAUUCCUGCAACAGUGUCUUCCCCCUGGUGUACUGCAUUUUGCGUUUUCUAUUGGGAAAGAGAAAGCAGACAUUUAACUGAUAGCUUCUCUCCUGCCUUCAGGGUAUACAUCCAUGAAACAGAGUUGAGAAAGUGCCAGAUGGUCUGUUGAUGAGACCUAGGCUUGAACUCUUCCAUACUAGGCUUUUGUUUAGUUUAGUUUAGUUUAGUUUUGUUUUGUUUUUCAAGUAUUGGGUGUAUAUUCCUGGGGUCUGCCCGUAGAAAUUUGUGUACCUGUUUUCACAAGCUAUA